AUGACCUUAAAUUUGGCGAUUAAACACAACAAUAUGUUUGUUGUCUUCUGCAUAGCCCUUAACAUUAUUCUGGUUUCAGGUUCCUCUCUCAGUGACCAAGUCCAUCAGACUCCAGCUGACAUUAACAAAAAACCUGAAGAAACAGCGGAAAUCACAUGUUCACACAGUAUUGAGAGCUACAACCGAAUUCUGUGGUACAAGCAACUAAAGAAUAAAGAACUGCAGUUCCUGGGAUACAUGUUGUCAACCGCUGAUAAUCCAGAGCCUGGACUUGGUGUAAAAGUAAAAGGGAGUGCAAACAAAGACCAGAACUGCACAUUAAUAAUUGAAGGACUCAGCCUGAACAGCAGUGCAGUGUACUUCUGUGCCUGUGACACUGGAUCUGAAGCUUACUUUGGAAAGGGAACAAAACUCACUGUUUUAGAAACAGGAAUAAACAUCACAGCACCAACAGUCAAAGUGCUUCGACCUUCAUGUAACGAGUAUCGAAACCAGAAAGACAAUACAACGAAGAAGACCAUCGUUUGUGUGGCCAGUGGAUUCUACCCAGACCAUGUCACUGUUCAGUGGAAGGACAACAAGGGGCCAAAGACCUCUGGUGUGGCGACUGACAGCGCUGCCCUGCGAGGAGACAACGGGUUUUACACAAUCACCAGCAGGCUGAGGGUCCCUGGCACAGAAUGGUUCAAACCAGGCAGUAACUUCACCUGCACCGUCAGCUUCUACAACGGGACACACACUGAAGAUUUUGCAAAAUCAAUUAGAGGCGAAGACGGAAACGCCAUGACGAGAGGAAAAUAUCUGAAGAGGACACAGAUUGCCAAACUCUCCUACGGAGUUUUAAUCGUCAAGAGCUGCAUCUACGGAGUCUUUGUGGUGUUUCUGGUGUGGAAACUUCAGAGUUCAUCUAGAAAGCAGCGCUGAGAGCCGAGGCCGGAACAAACAAGCUUUAAUGUGUUGUAAAUAGUGGAUAUAUUCCCACAUCUUUGCAUUCAGAAAUAAACAAGCCACUCAAUUUCUGCUGAUAAUAAUAAAGUCUACAGUUAAUGACAUGCAUGUUAUUGCAUUUUCAAAAACAAAUCUGUAAAAUAUCAUUUUUUUAACUGUAAUUUGACAGUAAGUUUUUGAUGACUGUUGCUGCCAGAUAUUCAAACAUUUAUUUUAUAAUAGAUUUUUUUUUUUUACAUUCAUUCAAAAUUAGAAGUUGUCUUAGUCCUCAAUUCACAUUAAAUAGUAUGUUUUUUUGUAGUUUUACAUAGAAUUCAAUGUAAUUUAACAGUAAAGACCACCAUGAAAACCAAUAAUUUCCCAUUAUAUUCAUUUACAGAUUAAGAUCUUUAUUUGUCAUUUAGGGUAUUUUAAAGGCAUUUUCUCUUAAUGUAGAAAACAACAGAAAAACUGUUAAACUCUAUGCAUAGUUUAAAGUCUUCUUAAUUUGUAGUUGUGUACUAUUCAAUGCUUAAUGUCUUCUCAAUAAAAGUUAAUCAGAGGA